AUGUUUCUAAAACACAUCGACCUCACGACCGCUCUCCGGCCUUCCUACCUACCGGAUGAAGUCUUGUUGUUCGUCCAGGACAACGUCGGGCUCUAUGAAGGGAAGUUCAAAUUACCUCAACAGCAAAAUGGUCAGGUGUACUUGACGUCCCACCGAAUCUGCUACGUCGACAAGGACGAGCCGCGCAAGCACUCCGUUGCCCUAGAUCUGAAAGACAUUGAUCGAUAUGAGUUCUACGCGGGGUUCCUGAAAUCUUCUGCGAAGAUCACCCUGAUUCCCAAGCCAAUAAAACGCUCGUCGCUCCAGACUAGAGCGUCUGCGAUAUCUACACCUGGGAGAAAUGGCGCAGGGUCACCAGCUCGAGCCGAUGGUCCCUACCGACCGCCGCCCGAACCAACAAGCGCAGCAACCUGGGUUUGCACCAUCUGCAGCUUCUCCAACCCGGUCCCGUCAAACUUUGACCCAACGACGGCAAACAUACACACCCCGCUGCCACCAUGUCUUGCUUGCGGCAUCAAGCCGACGUUGGCGCACGUUUUGAAGGCUUCUAUAUCGAAUGCGACCAGCCGCGCCCCGCCGGCCACCCCUUCGAGCCCAACAGUCAGCUCGCCCCUCGCGAUGCGCCCUCGGUCGACCUCCAACAGGCCCGACGACAACGCGGGGCCUCCGCCUCCCUGGCCAGCGGCCUCGAACAUCAACGGCGGCGCCCCACCGAAGCCAUCAGAUCCAAGCGCGACGUUCCAAUGCCCUCGAUGCACGUUCUCAAAUCACCCGUCCCUGCUGUCAUGCGAGAUGUGCGGGGCACCCCUAAUAUCGCAAGAUCUGCCCCAAGCAGUCGUCACCCAGGUGCAGACACAAAGGACAGAGUCUCCAGGCCCGGUCCUCACGACGUCCUCGCCUGGCCAGGAUACCGCCGAGAACAUCAAAAUUUCCUUCCGCGGAGGCGGAGAGAAGAUAUUUUACGAGCGGCUCAAGGGCGCGUUGACACAGCGCAAGUGGCUCCUGCAGGGCGCGCCGCCGGUACCUAAGAGCAAUCGCACAAUAGACGACAACGGCGCACUCGUACGCGCACCCGCGGCGGUCCCCGAGCGUCCCAAGGGCGUGGGUAUCGCGGGUCUGGAGCAGCGCGGGCUCGACAUGCGCAAGAACAACGAGGUGAUGAUUGGCAGCGCGUUCGAGGACCUGGACGCCCUAAUGGCCUCCGCCAAGGAGAUUGUGGCCCUCGCGGAGAGGUUUGCGCGACAGAACGGCGGGACGGGCGCCGAGGCCAACGCUCUGCUAGCCGAAUCGGCCAGCCAGCUCGGUCUCGUGACGACCAAGGAUAUUGUAGGCGGGAGCAGUUCCGAGACGCUGUACCUGUCCGAGUUGUCGAGGAAUCUUGCAGAGUUCCUCACAGACGACGCGCGAGGUGUUUUAAAAAAGGCGGGCGGGAUCAUCAACUUGGUUGACCUGUGGGCCAUGUUCAACCGCGCCCGGGGCGGCGUCGAGCUCGUGAGCCCCAUGGAUUUCGAAAAGGCCUCGCAGAUGUGGGAGUCACUCAAACUGCCCGUCCGGCUGCGAAAGUUCAAGAGCGGUGUGCUGGUCGUACAGAGUAGCGAUCGCACCGACGAGACCACCAUCAGGGCGCUGGUGUCCUGGCUGGACGACUUGCACGAGUUCCCGCCGGACAAGGAGCUGGCGUGGGACUGGCGACAGUUUGGCCGCGGGGUGACGGCGCGGGAUGCGGCGGAGCGGUUCGGCUGGAGCAUUGGUGUGGCGGAGGAGGAGCUGGAGAUGGCUGAGGAAAGGGGCGUGGUCUGUCGCGAGGACGGCAUCGAGGGGCUCAAGUUUUGGAAGAAUUACAUUGACGUGGGCGAUGUGAAGUACCGCCGGCGCUGGAAGCAUCGCCCAGAGGACGAGAUCAUGAAGGCGCUUAGAGAGAGUGGGUUCUUGUGA